AUGCAGAUGACACUUGGAAACACAACAAAGUUGACAGGUCAGAGAGGUACUUGUUUAGCUGUUCUCCUUUUAUCUGUUUGUCUUAUUGUUGCACCAAAUGGCAAACAGUUUGGAAUGAAUGGUGUUAAUAGAAAUACUCAACAACAGGAAAUGCUUGUUGAUAAGUUUAACCAAAAACAUGGCGAUUUACAUCAUUCAGAAAUUGAGAGUAGAGAAAGUGUUCUCACAAAUUUAGAUCAGGCAAUAGGAAAUAGAGGACAACGUUUUUAUGGUGCUUCUCGAACAUUAAUAGACUUUGUGGCACCCGAACAAAAAUGUAUGGAUGAUAAAAUAUCAGAAUCUUUUGGUUUUACACAGGCAGAUUCUGUUGCUUCUUUUAAGGCUAAUUUUAAAUUUUUGACAAUAAAAAUUUAA